AUGCACGUCACCGAAAUCCGCCAGAUGGGCCGGAAGGCGCUCGCCGAGCUCAGCAGGCAAGCCCGCUCGGAUCGUGCCGGCCCGCGCCCGCGUGUUCGCGGCCGGGGCAGCAGCCGCUCGCACCUGGUCCGCGUGAGAGAAACUUUUGGCGAGAAGCCGGUGACAGUGGCGGUUACUCCGGACGGUUACGCCGAUGCCAUUGCCGGGGAGUACCUGGCCCUGCGAGAGCGGAGCAUGCCUAUGGCACAGUUCCUCGACAUUCUGGAGGAGCCCAGCAGGCACAACGGCGGUGUCUACAUUCAGAAACAGAACUCCAACCUUACCGACGAACUACCGGAGCUUCUGAACGGCGUGCCUAGCGACAUCUCGUGGAUGUCGGAGGCACUAGACAAGUCGCCGGACGCCGUUAACUUCUGGAUGGGCGACGGAAGAGCUGUGACGUCACUGCACAAGGACCACUACGAGAACAUCUACUGCGUGGUGCGCGGCCACAAAGACGUGACGCUGCUGCCGCCGGCGGCGCGGCCGCGCCUGCCGCACCGGCUCUGCCGGCCGGCCACCUACCGCGAGACGGACGGCCAGUUCCGCCUGGAGCCGGCGCCGGACGGCGCGGCCGUGCCCUGGGCCGACUGGGACCCGCUGCAGCCGGCGGCCGGCCCGCCGCGGCCGCUGCACUGCGCCGGCGACCUGCUGUACCUGCCGUCGCUGUGGUUCCACCACCUGCGGCAGUCGCACGGCUGCGUGGCCGUCAACUACUGGUACGACAUGGAGUUCGACGUCAAGUUCUGCUACUACAAGCUGCUGGAGGGGCUCAGUGAGGCGAGGUGACGGUCUCUGUUCCCGGCAGGGUCGGCGGCGAGGAGUGCCACGCCCAUGGCUGAGGCUGGGGUCCGGCCCUGAGGACCGAGUGGAACAGGUUCGGUGAGGACAGGUGACGGUCUCUGUCCACGGCGGGGUCGGCGGCAAGGAAUGUCGCGUCCGUGGCUAAGGCCUAGUCCGGCGCUGAUGACUGAGUGGAGCAGACCUAGUGGCUGCCAUGGCUGUGACUCUUGCUGCUUGGAUUCGGCGAUAUUGUCACUGCGCAGUUCCUUAUACGAAGACGCUCCGCGGGGCGGCUUCGAGUGCUCGUUGUGUUGCUAUGAAGUGCUUUUGAUCUGCGAUGCCUUGCGGAGUGCGCGUGGUGUCAAUGCAAAUAAAUA